AAAAAGCUCCUCCAGCCCAAGACUCUUCAACAUUACCCACUGUCGUCAAUAUGAGAAAUAAAACUUUCCAACCCAAAGAACGCCCAAAGUCAGCAAUAAUUCUUCAAGAUGACAACGUUUUGAACGCUCCUAACAGGAAAAUGCCCCUCUACCGAUCACUCUCCAAGAGCAUGUCAAUAGCUAAUAUUGCAGGACCUGCGAUUGAUGAAACCUCCCUUGCUUCUUGGCGGGUUUUGUCUCAAUCAACGGACUCUUUAAACCAUAUCAAACAAGUGACUGAGUCAAUGGAGUCACUGACUGAUGAAGACUCUGCAUUUGUACUGCACAUUCCCACAGGUACAGACGUCAUGGACGGGCAGCUAAUGGGAGAAUUUGAGUCCGACGCUAAAGAACUGGAAGCAGACUCCUGGAGUCUAGUGGUGGACAACGACUUUGUGUGUCAGCAGAAGAAAGAUGUGAUUAAACGGCAGGAUGUUAUCUAUGAGUUAAUGCAAACGGAAAUGCACCAUCUACGAACCCUGAAGAUCAUGUCAGAAAUCUACAGCAAAGGGAUGACAAAAGAGCUGCAGUUUGAAACCUCAACAGUGGAACGUAUCUUUCCCUGCCUGGAGGAUCUGAUAGAUAUCCACACACAGUUCCUGUAUCGCAUUCUAGAGAAGAGGAAGGAGUCCUUGGUAGCAAACAGUGAGCGGAACUUCUUCAUUAGAAAGAUCGGAGACAUCCUGGUGAAUCAGUUCUCUGGUCCAAGUGCUGAGCGCAUGAAGAAGACAUAUGGGAAGUUCUGUGGGCAGCACAACGACGCAGUCAAUUUUUGCAAAGAGCUUUUGGCACGGGAGAAAAAAUUCCAGGCCUUUGUCCGGAAAAAAAUGAGCAGUUCCAUAGUUCGCAGAUUGGGAAUCCAGGAGUGUAUAUUACUAGUUACUCAAAGGAUUACCAAGUAUCCUGUGAUUGUCCAGAGGAUAAUUCAGCAUACCAAAGAAAAUGAUGACGAUUAUGCUGAUCUCACAAAAGCACUGGCCAUGAUAAAAGAAGUGAUCGCAGCGGUGGACAACAAAGUAAGUGAGUUUGAAAAGAAAACCAGGCUGCAGGAAAUCCACAGCAGGACAGAGACCAAGGCCAUCAUGAGGUUGAAGAGCGGCCAGAUGUUUGCGAAGGAAGACUUGAUCCGGAGAAAGCUUGUACACGAUGGCCCUGUUAUGUUAAAGACUUCAGCGGGAAGACUAAAAGAAGUCCAGGCUGUGUUGCUUUCUGACGUGCUGGUGUUUCUUCAAGAGAAGGAUCAGAAAUAUACUUUUGCUGCACUGGACCAGAAGUCUACUGUGGUGCCACUGCAGAAGCUCAUUGUGCGUGAGGUAGCACACGAGGAAAGGGGCUUGUUCCUCAUCAGUGCAGCUGCCAAAGUACCCGAGAUGUAUGAGGUACAUGCCAGCUCUAAAGAGGAGAGGACCAACUGGAUGCAAAUCAUUCAGCAGACUACCAGCAGCAUGGGUCAGGAUGAAGACGAAGGAAUCCCCAGCGAGUCUGAGGAAGACCGGCGGCAGCUAGAAAGCAGAGCCAAAGAACUGAAAGAGAAGCUGCAGGAAAGGGAUCAACAAAUCCUUUCGCUCUUGGAGGAGAAACUGAGACUGUACAAGGAAAUGGCGGAGGCUACUGGGCACGAAGAAGCUUCUCAGAAUCUGAUUACCAGGUCCUUGUUCAGAGCAAAUUCAGAGGAUACCCCAAAGGGAGAGUCACUGCUCAAGGAUGCAAUGAAAGAAGGUCAGUUCAAAUAUGUGCUUCAGAAGGUGCUGAGUCUACAGCAGUUGCUGCUUGGAUUACAGGCUGUCGUGGUGCAACAGGAUUCAUUCAUCGAGGACCAGAAGCAAGCGUCGAGUGAGAGGAGUGAGCGCCUAACACGGUCGUCCUUACGACCCAGCUCCCUGAUUGAGCAGGAGAAGCAGCGAAGUUUGGAGAAACACCGUCAGGAGCUGACCAACCUGAAGCGGCAGCAGGCGCAGCACCUGGAGGAGAAGAAGAAAUGGGAACGGGAGUGGGAGAUGAGGGAGAAGGAUCUGACUGAGCGGGAGUCCAAGGUGUCGCUGCACGAUGCUGAGACGGCACGGUUACAGAAGGAAGUGGAGAAGCAGAGAGAGGAGCUCCAGCUGAGGAAGGAGGAGUAUCAGCAGGACCUGGAGAGACUGAGGGCUGCGCAGAAGCAGCUCGACAAGGAGAAAGAGCAGCUAAAGAGGAUGGAAGAGCUGAUCGCUCAUCAAAGACAGAGCCGCCUGACGCACUCAGACUCCCUCAGUUCACAGUCUUCAGAUCGAGAGGUUGUGACACCAAUUGGCACUUUGACCGAGGGAUCCCUAAGUUCAACGAAGCCCUCUGGCUGUAAUUUAUUAAACCAGGAACAUUCGGACAUGCACCUUACGAAGAGGGAUGUGGAGACUUCUCCCAGCCCGGCUUGGAAAGACUCCGCACAAAGCAAUUCCAAGAACCUCACGAGUCAACCGCGGAACACCACAAACUCAACCAGCAAUCCCCUCCCACCACGGUUACUCAAGCUCGCAAAACCAAAGGAGAAGAAGUCCAAACACCGUAAGGGCAAAGGUCACCGCUCUGGGAACUUGCCACCCGAGUACAAUCCAGAUGUCCUACCAACAGCAGACAGCUCAGCACUGAAUAAAACGGCACCAGAUAAAAAGCACCCUGCAGCUGAAUUUCUGGGCAGUGAAGAGGUUUUCUACUGCUGAGCUUUCCUGCUUUACAGACUGUGUGGAGACAUGGGGCUGGAAGAGGGGGAGGGACAGGACUGGAACGCCCUUCAGUCGUGUGGCUGUCUACGAGAUGUGUGAUAUCCACACUGCCUUGCCCAUUGCUCUCUGAUGGUGGUAUGGAUUUGGACUGCAUGCUGAAAUAAUAAAAAUAGAUAUAUAUUUAGUUGGUACAUCAAUCUCUCUCUCUGUAUAACAAAACAAAUGAUGGAGAAAUGGUGUCCAGGAGGCAGUGCAAAGAAAAAUCUGGUUGAAACCCACCUUUGCCAGGAGCUUGUUGACUGGAAUUGGAAAUUGAUGCAGAUUAAAUCAGAGCAGUGAAACAAAAGUUCAAUAUUCUUGAAGCAUUACAGUCUUCUAAAGCAUUGUGUUGUCACUUGUGUUCAGCGCUGUUCUGAUAAGGGAGCUUGAGUCAAAUUCUUAUUUCACCUUCUUCCCCCAACUGCCACCAACUAGUAACGGCUGUGUUGUCACCAGAACCUCAGUUCCUGAGGCACUUUCUUCCAGUACAACAUUUUUGGGAGCAUCAGCCUCUGGAAUUGAAGCAGCGGAUGAUUCUAUUUUGCACCGUUCCAACCCUGUACGAGUAUUUGAAUCAAAACACUUUUCUCCAGAGCCAGUCUCAACGCUCUGCUCCCCUCCUGCAUUAAUGCUGGCCUUGGUCAUUGACCUGGAGAUGGUUGGUUGGUGACGAGUGGAUUUUUUAAACGUACUCCUCCAAAACUAUCCAGCCAUUCUUCCAGUGACUAAACAAACCACUGACUGAAACGAGAAAGAAUAAGAGGAUUUCAGGGCAAGAGAGAUUAAUUUGCCAGCUAGCUGAUUCACUUCAAAUUUCUGCGCCAUAAAUCUACAUUUUGUAAAUACAAUUGCAGUGAGUGCAAUGGUUUUUAAUUUGUGCAUUUCUCCCAUUUGAGGGAGAGAAAGGUUCAUCCCUGAGAUUUUCUUUUCCUUCAAACCUGUUAAUAUUUAAAUCUUGAGGGGUAGAAAUUGUCAAAUAUCGGUGUAAAAUUAAAUUCUGAAUGUAAAAUGUUUUUAAAAACAAGAACUGUAAAACUACAAAGGUGGAAUUACGCACGAUGGUUUAUACUUGAUUUUUUUUUUCUUUUGCUUUAAGUUCCAUUCUACUAGAGUGUUAAUUGGAUAUUGUAAUUGUCUUUAUUUCGAUCAUCUCAUAAUUUUUAAAAUCAAUAGUGUCUUCUUUUGGCUGGCCUGCAUAUGUGUUGAUGAGGAGACACAGUUUGGCGCAGUGUAUAGGGCACUAACCUUUCACCUGGAACCUGGGUUCAGUUUCAUGCCUGGACUGAAACGGGCUCCAAGAUAUUUGGGUCAGCAGAGAAGACUCUGAUGUGGAAUGAGUUUGGACAGCAUUAGUCCAGUCCACACCACACAACUAUCUGUAAUUUGGCACUAACUAUGAAAUCUCACGCACAAGGUGGGGUGGGGCAAUGGGGAGGGUGGGGUGGGGUCACAGGCGCAGGUAGAGAAAACGGAGAGACAUCGCACUGGGGUUUUACAGGGGUACUUCAGAUGUAAAUCAAAGCAAACCUUGCUCUCACUUGAAUGUUCACACCAGUUUCUCGAAGUGGGACAGUGUUCCACUCCGCUAACUUCACUCACUCACUGAGCACAGAUUCACCCAUUAUCACUGAACACCGACAGUUUUCCGAUACACCUCAUCAAGGGACACUGGGCAGUUUCCUCAAAACCCGUUGGCUUGUUGGUGCUAACGUUUCGAGGGAGUCCAUGCGUCUACAGGGAUAGAGGAUGCCCCUUUUGGUUCACAGUCAGAGGGAUAUUUUGCCAUGUUUAACGAGAGAGGGACCACAAAAUUGACCCCAUUUACCUUUUACUUCUAACACCUCCAACUUACUACAAGGUCCCAUUACAGUAACGAAGGGAAGAGCGCAGCUCAAAUGAGGGACACAAUGAGGUGGAGAGGAGUCACUGAGCAGUAACUGUUGGUACCUCAGAUGACUUUUGACUUGUGGAGGAAUUAGGAAUCGAUGGUCCAUUUUCCUGUUAGGAAUGUAGAAACAGGGCGGUGGCCAUUCAGCCCAUCAAACCUGGUCUGCUACAGUUAGAACAUGGAUGCUCUGUAUCUCAACUCCACUUGAUUCCUGCGCUCUUAAUGUACCAUUGCCUCACAAAAGUCAUUGUCUUGAAAUCAAGGCCCACUCCAAAUGAGACAAGGUCAGCUUGAAAGGCAGCAUCAUCCCCUGAUUGUUGUUUGUUGCUGUGUAGCACUUUAAAGGAACAAAACUUCUUGUUUUUGUUUGAAAAACCUGUACACUGUUGUCAGCUUUCUUACUGCUUUAAUCAGAAGACAAUCACAAUUCCAUGGCCUGUGCUGUAUAUUGUGGAUUCCAAAUGCACAUGUCAGGGAAAGAAACAGCGUUGAGUUUUAAUGCAAGAUGCUAUUUCCGUUAUGUUUUGGACUUCCUCCUGCCCAAGAGAAAGGGGCUGCAUUUUACCAAAGGCAGAAUCCAAAUCCAGGGAGAAUACAACCACUGCACGUGGCUUUGCAAGCUUCUACCAUAUCCUGUGGUCCAGAUUUGAUUUUACAAUCUUAAGAGCUGCUAUUAAUUUUGUAAAUUUUCUUUCACCAAAACCAUAUGGGGUUCCCCUUCAGGUUUUUGCAAUAGCUGUGGUAAUUGGUGUUUAUUUUAGCAGGGCAAUGUGCAUUGAUACAUUGUUGAGGCUGUCCAUACAUUACCAAGGGCAUUACAGGCCCAACUUUACCGGAAAUGUCGAGAAUGAAGGUUUCUCUCGGGAAACCCAUUGACAGCGAGUCUUUGUAGGCUCUGUACGCACCCUGCUUUAAAAAAAAGACCAAAAUUAUUUCAAUGUGGUAUUUCUGAUCACUUUCAGGACAGAGUAAUGUCUUUUGGUGGGACCCAGGUUUCAUGGCCCUUGAAUAUCUCGUCACCUAAGUGACCAUUUCUUUCUCGUCCAUAUCAGGGUUUAGAUUGUGGACCUCUGACCAUGAUGGGUAUCGUGCCCAAUUCAGCCUUGGCUUGAUCAGAUAUUCGUGUGUGUGCAUACCCUGUACUGUUCAUUGCAGGUGUCAGUGAGACACAGCAAGUGGUCUUCCUCCCACCUCACCUCCUUCCAUUACUAACCUGCGACUGUUAUAAAGUUUCUACCACGGUCACACCUCUGACCUCCAAUACAGAGAACUAUUUAGAAUCUUUUUAAGGACAAAUGUACUCCUCAUGGUAUUAGAGUAGCUCAGUGUGGCAUAACAAAGAUGACUGUCCUGCCUGGGACAGUCUGGGCUGUUAAGCUCCCAAGAACUUUGGAAAAGUGGGUUACCCCAACGAAAUUAGGUAGUGUUUCUUAUCUUGGAGGAGAAGUAACAAAACUACUCAAGUCCCUGGUUAAUUUCCUAAUGGCUGUGAGGAUGGGAAUCGGUGCUAGUCAAUCCCACAAGAUUUAAGUUUUUUAAGAGUUGCAUGUGACUUGUGUUCUGUUGUAACAGUCAUAAAUCCGAGGGAUUUAGUUUGUCUGUCGGUAGUCAGGAGUAUAGUGUCGACCACUAUAUCCACAUUUAAAUCUGAAACUGGAAAUACCCAUGUUUGGAUAUAGUAUCCAAAAAGAGUGGGAUUUGUUUAAUAGGUAAGAUUUUCUAUUAAUAAGCAGGUACCCAUAGAUAUAAUUAAAUCCAUCUUCUCUAAAGACAGACACUUCUCAAUUUACCCUCUUCCCCCUUAUACCCUAUCUGUAUUCAUUCAACACUGUUGAAUAUAUCUGACUGUUGAAAUAGGAUAGACAGAAAUAUAACAGUGAAAUAUUAACCAUUACAGAGAGCGCACAGAGGAAUUUAACCCCAAAAGUGGUUAUUUUUAAAUUAUUUUUACUUUUUUAAUGGACAUGAGAUUUUAUUUAAGUUUUGAAAACAUUACAUUUUGGAAUUUUACAUCCUUCAAGAUCAUUUGUUGAGUUAAUUUUUACUGAGUGUUGAAUGCAGCUCUCUGUAGUAACGUAAGCUUGGUAGAUACACACCAACCUCCAGCUUCCUCUCAAUCCCAUCUAUAACCUCGGACCAUCACCCAGUUCCUAAAGGGCUAAUAAACACUGAGAAGACAUGAAGGUGGACGAGAUUUUAAUUCAGUCAGAAAUUAUUCACUUAUAGAGUUGACAUUGGGCUCAUUGCGUUCCUAGAAAAAGUGACAUUCCAUGUAAACCCAUGAAUAUCGGGAAUGCUGUCUACUCGAUGGGUUUCAAACUUCUAGAUCUUUCCUAAGCCAGCAGGCACCAACCUUGCUGACAAAGACACAGAAUCGCAAACCAUUCACUGAGUGUUAGUUAAACUGGGUUCUGCACUUACAGCAGCCCCCUCCAAUCCCAAACGACCAUGCCCAGUUUCUCCACACCAUAUCAAGUUGCUUGAUACAGACCCAUCUGCCUUGUACUGAAAACAUUUAUGCACUAACUGAAUUGUGGACGUGCUCAGGAUGUCUCUCAAGCAUUUUAUAUACCUCUCUGCUUUCGAAAAAAUAUUCCUGAGGAUAAAAAAAAUCUACUUGCACCAAGGUACACCUUGUAUUUUUCUUGAUUCUGUGUACAAAAAAAAUUAUAAGGAUGAAAACCUAAUUAUUUUAUGAAUGAUGUAAUUAAUGUAUAAAAGUAAAAACUGUAAACAUAGUUACAUUUCAGUAACUUUGCUGUGAUCGUAAGUAGCUUUUUGUAAUUAAACUUUUAUUUAUCAUUUUCCCCUUAUAGAUUAUCAGCCAAUGUAAAUUUCUUUCCCCAACAAUAAACAUUUACACCAUAAGUUUA